UGAAGAUAAAUAUGCGAGUCUCAUACUGCUAGAAGAGUACAAAGUACUACAAAUACGACUAUACCUAAGCACUCGGCCAUAUAUAGUCGCCGUAAGCCUUCGUGCUUGACAAAACUUGCGCCUGGCUUUUCUUCUUUCUAAGGCCUGACUAAGUAUCAUAUCCUCACGACAUAAAUUUUUUCAUUAUCAACCCAGCAUCAAAUCAUGGCCGCCAAAUCUCCCGUUGCCCUCAUCCUGGGCGCAGGCCCCAAUAUCGGCCAAGCCGUCGCCCGCACAUUCGCCUCUAAGGGUUACAAAGUUGCCCUUGCCGCCCGGUCACUGAAGGAGGCCGACAGCACCGACAACCAACUGAACAUCCCGAGCGACUUUUCUAAGACCGACGAUGUGGUCAAUGCCUUUACCAAAGUGAAGAAGGUGUUCGGCAUCCCCAGUGUCGUCGUCUAUAAUGUCAGCGCCGUGAACUUCACCCCCGCCGAUGACCCCUUCGCCCUACCUUUUGCUGACUUUAGUCGCGACACGACUAUCAACAUCCACAGUGCCUUCAUCGCCGCGCAACAGGCCGUCUCGGGCUUUGCACUGCUUCCGGCAUCAGCUGCGCGUACCUUCAUCUACACGGGCAAUGUUCUGAACGUCGCUAUUCUUCCGAGAUUUCUCUCCCAGGGCGUCGGCAAGUCAGGCGCCGCUCACAUGAUCUGGGCGGCAUCAGCGGCGUACAAAGAUCGUGGAUACAAAUUCUACUAUGCCGACGAACGGAAGGCGGAUGGAUCGCCCAAAUACCGUAUUGACGGCAACGCACAUGCGGAUCUCUACUGGGAGCUGGCCCACGCCGAGGCGCACGGCCCGUGGAUGCAGACAUUCGUCCAGGGCGAGGGAUAUAAGAAGUUCGACACCAUAUAUACGCCUGUCUCGUGAGGCAUUACAGUCGUCGAUGGGCGUUCUGGCUGGUUCGGGUAGGCCAAAUUCACCCACAGGAGCGCUUUACCACUCCUUCAAUUUGUGUAAUAUCGUCAGUGUUAUCAGUUGCAGCAGACCUAGCUUGUAUGUAUCGCAUAUAAUCUUGGCCAUAAUUCUUUUUGAACCCUUCCAGCCAAUAACUUGACUAGUUUGGCUUCUCGAUA